AAGAGAAAAAUUUUUCUUGCUUUAAAUUCUUCAAAUAAUGAAACCUGACAGUAUUAAGGAUCGUGAUUUUAUGUACAAACUGAUAAUUGGCCAAAUGUUUUAUGAUGGACACCAACAAUUGGCACUAAAUUUGGUAAUUUUCUUGUUAAAAUUUUGGAUUUUUUUCCAGGAAAUUUUAAGUAAAAAAUUUUUUAAAUUUUUUUCCAAGGCUCAAUCACUCGGCCUUUCUUUACGUCCACCCCCUCCUUCAGACAAACUUUUUCGGUUAGUAACUGUUGCUCGCCAAUAUGUUGAAGACCCAGAAUCUAAAGAGAAAGAGGCUGUUGGUGACCAGUUCGGUGUUGAAUCAUCCGGUUUGGAUUUGGAAUUUGAUGCUGAUGUUGUUCCUACUAGCCCAGAACCUAGUUUAUACGAGACUGUCUAUUUAACAACACAUAAAGGUCCCUGCCGUGCUGCUGCUUUUUCUUCUGACGGCGCACUUAUUGCAACAGCUUCAGUUGAUUGUUCAAUAAAAAUAAUGGAUGUAGACAAAGUUAUUUCAAGGAUUGAUACAGCUGCUUUAAGCGAAUCAGGUCCCGAUUCACACCAUCCAGUAAUACGAACACUUUACGACCAUUUGGAUGAAGUCACUUGUGUUGCUUUCCAUCCUCGGGAACAACUUCUCCUCUCUGGAAGCAACGAUUUUACUUUAAAAUUAUUUGAUUAUUCAAAGACUGCUGUUAAACGGGCAAUGAGGACAAUUAAUGAAGUCGAACCAAUUUCUUCAAUUACAUUUCAUCCAAGUGGAGAAUUCUUUUUGUGUGGUACAAGACAUCCUACUUUGAGGCUUUAUAACACUGAAACACAGCAAUGUUUUGUUUCUUCAAUGCCCAAAGAUCAACACAACGAUACAAUAACUGAUGUUUGUUAUUCUGAAAAUGCUCGAAUAUUUGUGACUGGAAGUCGGGAUGGGAAUGUUAAAGUUUGGGAUGGCGUUUCCAAUCGUUGUAUUGAAUGUUUUAAUCGGGCUCAUGACGGAGCACCAAUUUGUAGUGCUAGAUUUACAAGAAACGGAAAGUACGUUCUCACCGUUGGAAUGGACAGUGUCCCCAAAUUAUGGGAAUUAUCAACUAACCGUUGUUUAAUUGCAUAUACAGGAGCAGGGGCUACUGGGGCAAGAGAAUAUUCUAUGCCUGCUGUGUUUAAUCAUACUGAGGAUUAUGGUUAAUAAACAAAUUUUUUUAUGAUUUAUUUGGGAUCCUGCUGUUCCAAUUCCUCAUUCCAAACAAUCAGAAAAGUAUUUUGGGUCGGGAAUCCCGAUUUUUCGAAAUCAGAGAUUUUUUUCUUUGACGUCAGGAUCCCUGAUACAAGCACACCAUUUUUAAAAUAAUUUAAAAAAAUAAAAUUCCUUUCCAUAGUAAUGCUCCCUGAUGAAAAAUCAGGUUCAUUAUGUUCUUGGGAUGCUCGUAAUUCUGAUCG